AUGGCAUCGAUGUAUGUUGAUAUCGACGAUCAACAUCACAUAAAAAUGAUCAUGUCCGUACCUUGGACUUUCAUCAAAUCUACUUAUCAAAGUGCAUGGAUAAAAUCCUUGCUCAUGUCUCUUUCCCUCUUAUGUAUGUACAUAAUCAUUUCCAAAAAGUUGCGAGCUGUCACCAAAGUUACAUUGUUCCGUUUUAUUGGAAUGGCGAGCAACUACCUAGUACCUAGUACAAACCAUAAGGUGAAGGGAUAG